AUGGAAAGUCAGUUAAUUGCUUUCCUUGAGAAAUACCCACUGUUGGAAUACUCGUCUCUCCAUUGGUGGUGGCAUCUCACCCGUUCGUCGUCCUCGACAGAGACUAACAGUCUUCUUCUACGUUUGUGCCGCUCUAGUAGAAAGACUGUUAGAUGGCUCCAGAUAGUUCAAUACUUCCGUGGAGACAAUGGUCUCUGGGGUUCGAGCAAGGGCCAAGGAGAUCUUGAAGAAAUAGCCGCAGUGCGAAAAGUGCUUCCUGCUAUGGAACAUGAAAUUUUCACAACUUGGCUGAAAUCAUUCGUUCGUGAUAAUCACAGCCGAGUUCAUCUCACAAAAUGGCAACAUUUUCUCUUCUGCGGGGCAGCAAGUGAUUUCUUGCCCGAAGUCCACGUUGCCGCAUUCUUUGACUUUGCUCACCUGGUCGAAGAUUUCCUUCUUGAAGGGGUGGAUGUGAAUCUGAAAUCUUUCACUGGGCAGACACCUCACACUCUUGCCGCUAUCAGUGACUCAUUCAAGAGUAUGGAGGUUUUGCUACGUCACGGUGCAGAUGUAAAUGCAAUAGGCUGGGGCGACAUGACUCCCCUACAGUGGACAGCUCGGCCUGCGUCCUGGGCUGCAAUAGAUCCGGUUCCAUACAUUGCUGGAAAGAUCUUGCUCGAUGCAGGCGCGCGAAUUUCUCGGGAUUGUAACAACAACUUCUUAGCAUCGGUUUGCCAAAGCUCAUUCCCCGAAGAUCCAUUCUGUCUUCCUUUUGUCUCAUCACUGUUAAAGAACGGUGCAGAAACCGUGAUAGAUCAGGGGCAUAUUCGCCCUGCUAUUCACUGGGCUGCAGUUUGUGGCAAUGCAGCCCUAGUCAAGCUUCUUCUUGAGCAUGGAGCUAAGCACGACUCUAGUCCUCAGGGCGUCCCUGGUAGGGAGACGCCACUUUUGCAUGCAUGUGCCACAAUAGGGGAUAAGUUGAGCGUUGUGGAGCUACUUCUUAGUGUCGGUGCUUCGGCGUCAGCUCGACGGGACGAUGGUCGUUCAGCUUUGCAUCUAGCAUCCAAACAUCCACGGCAAAAUGGAAUGAUGCUGCUCCAGGCCGGUGCAGAUAUCAAUGCGAGAUCUGUGGAUGGCAAUACUCCCUUACAUGAUGCAAUUAUGGAUAACAACAUGGAACUGAUCGACUUGUUACUCGUAAAUCACGCUGAUCUAGAUAUUGAAAAUGAAGCGUCGUUAACGCCACUUGCGCUUGCAGUUGAGAACCGCUUUUCCGGUGCCAUUCAGAGAUUUCAAGCUGCGAGCCAGAUUAUGAAAAGAAGUGACGCAGGGGUGCCAACACAGCCAUCCAUUUACUGGCCUAGAUAUCCCCGUGAUAUUUUUGAAGUUUAUUGGAUCCUACAGCUAGCGUGGGCUCCCAACAAGCCCCCACGACCGAUAUUACUUCGAAUUCUAGACUUGGCAAGGUAUUGGCUGCGGUCUCAAAGUUUCCGAAAGGAGCUCAUAAGCUGCGAUGAGAAAGAAUGUCAAGAUCGUCGGUCAUAUUUGAUCUCAGAGCCCAUCCGAGGCGGGAAAGACAGUCCCGUGAAGGAGGUCCAAUUUAUAAUCUGGAGUCAUGAUCAAGGAUUCAGCUCCUAUCCUGAGUUCCAUGGUACUUACGAGUUCUCCUUCACCUGGUUCGAUGUCGGCAUUGAACAGUUACUUCAUCGGCUGCCUAUUGAGAUUAAAGAUGAAGAGCGCGGUUUGGUGAAUAAUAUACACGCGAGCAGGAAGUUGAGGCGUCAUCAGAUAAUAUACGGUGAGUUGGCAUUUAAGCAGAGGGGCUGGUUGGGAAAGUUGCAGGUGGGUGAUAGGAUUUCAAUUAUUCCUAGGGCUCAAUAUCCUGGCUGGAGGAACUUUGUGAGUGAGGCCUCGAUCGAGGUUUUUAGUACGUGUUUGGUGAGAGGUGUGGGGGAAGGUUGA